UGAGGCAGAAUGAGUGACAAGCGAUUUCAGUGGUAAUUGGUAGUGAGUAGAUAAGAGGAUGUGCGUAGAGUAUCGUGAGGUGCUGCCAUGGUCACGUUGCAUUCUGCAAGAGUCAUUCUAGCAAGUGGCGAUUGUGUUGCAAGAUGUCAAGAGGAGGUCUCUGUCUGGAGGCGCAGGUCGUCAGCGAUGUGUGAGAUUGUGCUGUGGGUAUGCUUGUGGUGUGUUGGCUUUUCUGUUUGUUUUCCAUUUCAGCUCUGUCCGUGUGACCCAGGUUCUCGCAAUGGCAUCCAAGUCAACGUGCAUUGGUCGUGAAGGAAAAAAGGGUUGGAUCCCUUUUUUGCCGGGGAGUGUCAAUGGAGUUGAAGAUUGAACGAUCAAUUCUUGGUUGUUUGCUCAAAAUCAACUUCCCCAAUUUUCGCGGAGGCAUCAAUACGACAGUCAUCGUCUCAUCGGUCGCUGUUCAAAAAGAAGUCAGGAGACAACCGUCAGAA